AUGCUCGGGCCGUGUCGGUCGGUGUUGAUGCUGAUUAAGCAGUUGGGAAUUACCGUGAAUGUGAAACACGUCGAUCUCAUGGCUGGCGAGCAAAUGAAACCCGAAUAUCUCAAGAUCAAUCCGACUCAUACCGUGCCCUCACUGGUUGACAACGGAUUUAAUCUGUGGGAAAGUCGAGCCAUUUUGCAAUACUUGGCGGCGAAGGCCAACAGCACUCUCUAUCCGGCAGAUCUGAAGAAGCGAGCGGUCGUCGACCGAACCCUCAACUUUGAUAUGUCUCUCUCGACGUCUGUUGGGGGUGCGAUCACAAUGAAGGUAUUCCGCGGCGUAGAGCCGACCGAAGCCCAGAUCACAAGCUUUAAGAACAAUCUGAAAACAUUGGACUCAUUGAUCGGCACCAAUAAGUACGCGGCCGGCGCUGACCUCACAAUCGCCGACCUCUCACUGUUGGCCACUUUGUCCUAUUUGGUGGUCAAUGACUUCAAAGACCUGAAUGAUGUGCCGAAUGUGAAGAAAUACUACGAAAGACUGUCCAAAGAGUUGCCGUAUUAUAAUGAGAUCAACGGAGGCAUUGGCGAGGCUUUUAAGAAUCCGCCCUCGCGUGCGGUCCUUAUGGUAGCAAAACAUCUCAAUAUUGCCGUUAAUGUGAAGCACUUGGAUCUCGGAAAUGGUGAACACCUGACCCCUGAGUUUGCAAAGAUAAAUCCACUCCAGAAAGUGCCCGCAAUUGUAGACCAGGGGUUCCCGGUUUGGGAGAGUCGGGCUAUAAUGCAAUACCUGUGCAACAAAUACGCGCCCAAUAGUGCUCUCUAUCCGACAGACCUGAAGAAGAGGGCGAUUGUGGACCGACUUCUCUAUUAUGACACAACUUUUUAUCAGUCUCUUCGGGAAGCGUUGAACUAUUACAAGAAUCUAAAACUGAUGGACAGUUUGAUCGGUGAUAAGAAGUAUCUAUCGGGUGAUGAGUUGACAAUCGCCGACAUCUCAACUCUGGCCACGUGUACUGUAUUGUCGAUUAAUGACUACAAAGAUAUCAACGAUUUGCCAAACCUGAAGGCAUGGCUCGAGAGGUUGCAGAAAGAGUUACUAUAUUAUGAAGAAUUGUAUUUCGCGACUAUGAGUCCGCCCUCGCGAGCGGUCCUAAUGUUAGCAAAACAUCUCAAUAUUGCGGUUAACGUCAAAAACCUGGAUCUCGGAAAAGGCGAGCAUUUGACCCCUCAAUACGCAAAGAUAAACCCGACCAAACAGGUGCCUUCAAUUGUGGACCAGGGGUUCGCCCUCUGGGAGAGUCGGGCUAUAAUGCAAUACCUGUGCAACAAAUACUCUCCCAAUAGUCCUCUCUAUCCGACAGACCUGAAGAAGAGGGCGAUUUUACAAAAACUGCUCAGAGAUAUAGAGCCGACAGAGUUUCAGCUCCAGAACUAUCGCCAGAAUCUAAAACUGAUGGACACUUUGAUCGGCGAUAAGAAGUAUCUAUCGGGCGAUGAGUUGACAAUCGCCGACAUCUCGACUCUGGCGUCGACUACUUUAUUAGCGAUCAAUGACUACAAAGAUAUGAAUGAUUUGCCAAAUCUGAAGACGUGGUACUCGAGGCUGCAGAAGGAGUUACCGUAUUAUGAAGAAGUGAAUGGACACAUACCUAAGAUGUGGAAGAAGUUUAUUGCAUUUAAAGAGUCUCAAAAGAAAUGAACAUUUUAUACACAUUAUUUGCAUUAAUGCCAAUCAAUGAUACUUGUAUUUUAAUAUUUGAUUAAGGUGAUAAUAUUUUGUAGCAAUAUAUAAUGAAUUUAUAUGAAAUUAAAAAUA